AUGAGAAGGGAUGAAUAUUUAAGAAAACUCAAAUGGACAGUACCAAAUGAAAUGUUAGUAUUGAAAAACAUGUUCCUUGACAAAAUAAAACCAACUACAGAAAUAAACGACGCAAGACUGAAAGAUUGGGUAAAAGCUUUCCCAUUCACAAAAGAUAUUGUUGGUAACAUGGAAAGAAAACCAGAAUGGCUACAAAAACAUAUAUUUGGAAACGAGCAUAUUCCAUAUGGACAGGCACUGUUUGAAGAGCUUGAACCAGAAACUCAGGAAAGAGUCAUGCAAACAAUACGCGAAGACUCAAAUACAGACUAUGACAAACUCUUUCUAGGAUAUAGGUUACCUGAGAUGGGCGACCAGAGCCAAAAGGCAAAAAGGACAUGGGAAAUUUGCAACAUACUAGAUGAACAUAAUGCAAAGAUGCAACAACUUCAAGCAGAGGGCAAUGAAGGAAAAAGAAGAGUUAAAAACUCAGUCAGGAAGAAAGUAAAGCUUGGUCCACGUGGGUUCUAUUAUGACAUAUAA